CAUGGUGUAUUCAUAUUUGUUUCUUUCGCUAGUUGGCGUGCGCGUGCAUCAUGCACAUACGGAAAUGUGACGUCACGGAAGCACUUGUUUACGCAACAAUAGACGCGAUCGGUUAGCUUUGGUUCGGUGAAAUUUUAUGAACAGAAAUUUCGCCAGAAUGCCACUUCUGCUGUAUAGGGGUUAUGUGCAGGAAGCUGUAUCUAUAUAAAACCAUACGUCGUAUUCAGGUUAAGAUAUAGUUUAUGAACUUCUAAUUUGUAUAGGAUGUGGAUGAAUGAGAUGAGGGCAGUUCGGUUUGAUUUGUAUGUAAGAUUUGAAUAGCAAUAAAUAGUAAAUUCGUUAACGCUAAACUUACAUUAAUCGAGUAUAGACUUAGUAUGGCAGAUUAGUUGUAAAGUAUGUUCAAGUCAGGUUUGUACCACAACGUGGUACUAAGUUAGAAAAUAACGACACCGGUAGCCUGUAGCGUAGAUUUUGCUUCGCACUGAUGUGUAUGUAUGACGUAGAGAUAAGAAUAAACAACGAAAUAUGAACUCUGAACAACGCUGGAUGUAGAUAUUUCUUUACUCGUUCUUUAUUUAAACCGAUGCGAGCUACUCGUAUGGUAAAUGCCUCUACAAAGAACAAACAAGGAAAUAUCUACGUAGACCUACGUAGAACAAUGCUGGAUAUUUCUUUGUUUGAUUUUUAUUGCAGAGUUUAUAUUUCAGCGUAGCUCUCCUCGGUGUAAAACAAACAAAACAAUAUCUAUACAGCCAGUGCAUUGUUCAGCGUAUCUUUUUUUAGCGUAUAUAUUUCUUUGUAUAUAUUUGCUACAAGUCAGCAAGUGUAUACAAAAAAAAACGCAAUUCAAACGAAACUCCCGGUAUGUAACUUAGUGGCCAUGUCCUGGUUUCGAACCAAGAACCUUUUGAGUCACCCAUUUGUUUUUGACUAAGUUGGUGAACUUAGUAUAUAGAUAUGGAAGUCAGUCCUUAAUUUAAAUACAGGUGGUGCAUGUGUUACAGCAUCAGCGUCACCAACCGGAUAUCCUUUACAUCCUGUAUUCUAUCUGAUUUGUUUGUUGUUAGUUGUUUGAUAAUUCGAAUUGUUCUUAAUGAUAUAGUUUAUCUUAUAAGCUAUGUGUAGAUUUCUUUGUUUGUUUGUUUGUUUUUACAGCAGCGAUUACAUUACACGAGCUAUAGCCUCGGCGUGAAAGGGACAAAACAAAGAAAUAUUUAUCCCAAGCGUUGUUUAGCGCAGGUAAUUCUUUGUUUAUUCUUUAAACCGGUGUUUACACUACAUAGCGUAGCUCAAAUCGGUAUAACGAUAAAAUAAAAGAUAUAUUUAUGCUAACCCACGCUAAACAACGCUGAUGUAAAUAUUUCUUUGUUUAUCGCGGCUAUCGCUUAAGACACGCUGAAAGAUCUUAAAUUAGCAUAUUUACGUCAUUUCAAACCUCGUGUCAAACGGGUUCGACUUACAAAACAAAUUAUUAUCAAGAAAUUCGCGUAUCAGCAUCAAUCGUAUUGAUGAUUAAAGUUAUUUAUCAUAAGAUGUGACAUCACCCUAGUACCUAGGUUUGCAUGCUUGCUGCUGCAAUUGUGUUGUUUUCUGGAGUUUGCGACAAAACAUCAGUACUGCUUCACCGGGUGUUCAAGCUAUUUUUUAAACAAGAUAUUUCAUUGAAUCAAGUCGAUUUCUAAUUUCCGAACUACCAACCUAGACAUGAAGCAUCUUAUCGCAGUCGUUAGCACGAUGUUGGUUCUUAACUUAGAGCUUUGCUAUGCAAGGAAGAGCAAAGAAUGCGUUCGUUGCGAUGGAACGUAUGGUGAAUGGAAUACAUGGAGUAGUUGUGGUGGAGGAGACUGUCAUAAACUAGACGGGAUACAAACCCGUUCACGUCCAUGUAUUGUUUCUAAUGACGUCACAAUGUGCCGGUCACGUGAAUCCCGACCAUGCGUCAACAAAGCGUCUUGCCUCGGGGAGUGGGGAAGAUGGUCCAUGUGGGGUGGAUGCAUUAAAGUUAACGAAAGUUCUACAGAAUGCCAAAAGCAACGAUAUAGAUGGUGCCAGGGUAUGCAAGAUGGCCAGCGUAGUGAUAUCGGUUACUUGAUGUGUUUUGGGGGUAAGGAGGCUUCCGAAGAUACGAAGGAAUGUUUUAAAGGUCCUUGUUCUAACACUCAGGUUACCAGUGACGUAAAGCCAACUGUUUUCGGAAUUGAAAACCCGAAACAAAUGGUUCCGGUUCGUCCGAAGUUGUAUGAAAGCACGGAUGGAAAGAAGACGGGUACAGGUUCACGAUUUGAGGGAAAACAUACAACUUUGCUUAUUAUAGGCGUGGGUUUUGGAAGCCUUGUUGUGGGAGGAGUUGUCAUGUUAUUUGCCAUCCGUGUCAAGCGUCACAGGGCAGCGAGGCGUAAAUAUCCACGCGGAAGUCACCGUGGCCGGAAGAAUUUGCUGAGUGUGAGUUUUAGCACCGGAACUGAUGCUACUGGCAGUGAAAGGUUCUCACCUACAACGCAAGCUACAGUGGAUGGCAACGGGGAUUUCGAGCUCUUGUCACGCCACGAUUACAACCCCUCCCGCCCCUUGGGGUCCAGUUCAAGUAGCAUCACUAACACGCCAUCAACCAGCGGAGAAUCUUCACAUAGCGGUGUGAACACGAACCUGUUGCAGGUGCCGAGAGAAAACUUGCACGAGAACGUGUAUUGGGAGAUCAAUGAUUUAAAACGGCCAUCGGGAACAGAACGGCCCUACAGUUUCGCAGACGACCGUGGCCCACAUACAAGUAAUGGGGUUUCCAUACCCAUGGCCCAUGGAGCACAGGGCGCGCUGCAGAAACAUAAGAUCCACAGGAAUCGACUAAACGCACAAAACUUGUCGCCUGGCGAUGCGAAAAUGGUCGACAAUGUUCUUUACAAAAGUAUUGGCACUUAAUAUAGCUGUCGCUUUUUUCAACUAUUGCGCUGUAACGCUAAUUUUGUAGCUCUCUUUACCAUACAGUGUUCAAUGUGAAAGAAUCAGUUUUUCCUCAAACAGCGUUGCUAAAAUGUGACAUUACCGUUUUAAAUAACGUGUUGAAGUAACAAGCCAACGCUGGACUGCAUACCAGGUCACGUAGCGUGUAACGUCAUACGACCCCACCCAUAUGGAACAGAAUGUAAUUCCUGUUUAAUUGAUAAGUUUGAAUUUAUUCUACUGGAAGACCUAUUUUCAAUCCACUGUAUUGCUUGGAGAGUCAAACGUUGGUCGUACAGCAUAAAUAGACAUGUGAACCAUACCAUUGAAGCAUCGAAUACUACCAUAGGUGGUGAAGUUUUAAGUUCGAUUCCACCAGUAUAUUUGUAUUUCUUCCUUCGUUUUGUAUUUUGAGUCAUUUUGUAUUGGAUCCUUGAGCAUAAUGUGUUCUGUAUUUGUGCAAUUAAAUUGUAAUUAAAAUGAUUCAACCGAUUUAGUUUUUUUACCAAGUUACAAAUUUUUUUAUUGUAAAAUAAAGCGUAAAUGUUGACA